AUGCUGCUCCAGCGCGUCUUGUCGGUGCGUCGUGUGACGCUGGCCCGGGCCGUCGCCGCGCGCGCCAUGGCCACGAGCUCUUAUGCACCAGCCGACGCUUUCCUGCACCGCCACCUGGGCGUUUCGUCCGAGAAGGACCGUAAGUCCAUGCUGGCCACCGUGGGCUUCGACAGUGUCGAGGACCUUGUAGCUGCCGCGGUGCCGGCCGAGAUCCGCCUGGACAAGCCACUGGAUCUUCCGCCACCGCUUAGCGAGAGCGAGGCGUUGGCCAAACUUAAGGAGCUGGCGGCUAAGAACCAGACGCUUAAAUCCUUCAUCGGUAUGGGCUUCAACGACACUCACACGCCCGCGCCGAUCGUGCGUCACAUCCUGGAGAACCCUGGAUGGUACACAAGCUACACACCAUACCAGGCCGAGGUGUCCCAGGGCCGUCUAGAGAUGCUGCUCAACUUCCAAACCAUGAUCCUGGAUCUGACCGGUUUCGAAUAUGCCAACGCUUCGCUGCUGGACGAAGCCACAGCUGCCGCCGAGGCCAUGGCUUUGGCCCACGGCAACUUUAAUGGCAAGCGAGCCAAGUUCUUCGUGGACCAGGAGGCCCACCCGCAAACUAUCGGCAUGAUGCAGACGCGAGCCGAGAACUUCGGCAUUGAGCUCGUGGUGGGCAACCCCAAGACCGAUCUCGACCUUAAGGAUCUGGGAUACAGCGGUGUGCUGCUACAGUACCCGACCACGUUCGGUGCUGUCAACGACUACCGUGACUUCGUGGACGAGGCUCACAAGUCCAAGCUGGUGGUGGCCGUCGCAACGGACCCACUCAGUCUUACGCAGCUCACUCCACCCGGCGAAUGGGGCGCCGAUAUCGCUCUGGGAUCGGCCCAGCGCUUCGGUGUGCCCAUGAUGUUCGGUGGCCCGCACGCUGCGUUCCUGGCCACGACCAAAAAGUACCACCGCAAAAUGCCCGGCCGUAUUAUUGGUGUAUCUGUGGACUCGCGUGGAGAGCCGGCCGUGCGUAUGGCCAUGCAGACUCGUGAGCAGCACAUUCGUCGUGACAAGGCUACUAGCAACAUUUGCACGGCCCAGGCCUUGCUGGCCAACAUGGCCGCCGCGUACGCUAUCUACCACGGUCCUGAGGGUCUACACCUUAUUGCUAAGCGUGCUAACUUGUACGCUGCCACGCUGGCUGCUGGUUUGGAGAAGUUCGCGCCAAAGUGCAAGCUGGUUAACGACGCUUUCUUCGACACUCUGGAAGUUGAUGUGUCGCAGUCGGGCAAGUUGGCCACCGAGGUGUCCGCUGAGGCGACGAAGCGUGGUGUGAACGUCCGCAUCAUUGACGACAAGCGCGUGGGUGUAUCUAUGGGUGAAAGCGUCGACCUGAAGGACGUAGAGAAGCUGCUGUUGGCGUUUGGAGCCGAGGAAAACGGUCUUCCUAAGGACUUGGCCGAGACCCUUGGCGCUCGUGCAGAAGAAAUCCAGAACAAGAGCAUUCCUGAGGGCUUGCGUCGUACCUCAACUUACAUGGACCACGAGAUUUUCCACAAGUACCGCUCGGAGACGGAGCUCACUCGCUACCUGAAGCAGCUGGAAGACAAGGAUCUAGCCCUCAACCGCUCCAUGAUCUCACUGGGAAGUUGCACGAUGAAGCUGAACGCCGUGUCUGAGUUGGCUCCGAUUUCUUGGCCCGAAUUCACCAACGUGCACCCGUUCGUGCCUGAGGACCAAAGCGCUGGUUACCGUGAGCUCAUUGAGUCGCUGAACCAUUCUCUGGCCGUCAUCACGGGCUUCAGCGCUGUGUCCACGCAGCCGCAGAGUGGCGCCCAGGGCGAGUACGCUGGUCUUCUCACUAUCCGCAACUACCAGCGCUCCAGUGGCCAGGGCCACCGUAACGUAUGCCUGAUCCCGGUGUCUGCGCACGGUACCAACCCGGCCAGUGCUGUCAUGGCCGGUAUGAAGGUCGUCGUUGUGAAGUCGGACGAGAACGGCCAUGUUGACCGCGAGGACCUGGCGGCCAAGGCGGCCGAGCACGCGGACAACCUCAGUGCCUUUAUGAUCACGUACCCGUCGACUUUCGGUAAGUUCGAGCCAGGUAUCAAGGAGAUGAUGGACCUCAUCCACUCGCACGGAGCGCAGGUCUACAUGGACGGAGCUAACAUGAACGCUCAGGUUGCUUUGUGCAACCCUGGAGGCAUUGGCGCUGACGUGUGCCACUUGAACCUGCACAAGACCUUUUGCAUCCCUCACGGCGGCGGUGGUCCCGGUGUGGGAUCUAUUGGCGUAGCAGCCCAUUUGGCCCCGUUCUUGCCGGGCCACGCAGUGAUGCCUACGGGCGGUGAAGGCGAGCACACCGUCAAGAAGACGGACUCGGCUGUCAGCGGCUCGCCGUUUGGUAGCGCCGGUAUUCUGCCGAUCCCGUGGAUGUACAUUAACAUGCUGGGCGAGGACGGCCUCAAGCAGGCCACGUCCACGGCCAUUCUGAACGCCAACUACAUGGCCAAGAAGCUAGAGAACCACUACGAGGUUGUCUUCCGCAGUGCCAACGGUACGUGCGCGCACGAGUUCAUCAUCGACAUGCGCCCGUUCAAGGAGAUUGGCAUUGUGGAGGAGGACGUGGCCAAGCGUCUGCAGGACUUUGGCUUCCACAGCCCUACCAUGUCAUGGCCCGUGCCCGGUACGCUCAUGAUUGAGCCCACGGAAAGUGAGAGCAAGGCCGAAAUGGACCGCUUCUGCGAUGCUUUGGCCAUUAUUCGUCGCGAGAUUGAAGAUGUCGCUACUGGAGCCAUCGCGGUGGAUGACUCCCCACUCAAGCACGCGCCGCACACCGUGGACCAGGUCACGGCCGGUGUUUGGGACCGCAAGUACUCGCGCGAACAGGCUGCGUUCCCUGCCCCGUGGCACCAGGGAGGCAAGAACAAGACGUACUGGCCGGCUGUGGGUCGCGUUGACAACGUGCAUGGUGACCGUUACCUCGUGUGCAGUUGCCCGCCUCUCUCUGACUACGAGUAAAUCAAGACACUGCUGGUAAAUUCCUCGACGUAACCAGCAAGCUGGCUGCAAUGAGCUGCAUUGGCUUUGCGUACAUCUGGUGCUUUCGACUUUGCAGACUGCUCUUCCUUCACGGCUUCACUGAGUGUUUUGCUUGUGUGGUCUGACGACCGGUGUUCAAUAGAUGUCGCUCGUUCAACGAUAAAUGCCGUGCGGGAGGUGGCUGUAUUACUUGAUGUGCUGAAGUGCGGAAACCCUCUCGUGUUGCUGCUGCUUGCAGAGGCUGUGGGGUAGUUUUGAACAAAAGAGCUAAUCACGAUAAGUCGACGUACUACCUAGUAUGAUUUAGAUACUUUACUCACUA